AUGCCCAAGAACAAGGGAAAGGGAGGAAAGAACAGGCGUAGGGGUAAGAACGAGAACGACAACGAGAAGCGUGAACUCACCUUCAAGGAGGAGGGUCAAGAAUAUGCCCAGGUCGUCAAGAUGCUCGGCAACGGCCGCCUAGAGACGCUGUGCUUCGACGGCACCAAGCGCCUGGGCCACAUCCGCGGCAAGCUGCGCAAGAAGGUCUGGAUCAACCAGGGCGACAUCAUCCUGCUGUCGCUGCGCGACUACCAGGACGAGAAGGGCGACGUCAUCCUCAAGUACACGGCCGACGAGGCCCGCUCCCUCAAGGCCUACGGCGAGCUGCCCGAGUCGGCCAAGAUCAACGAGACCGACACCUACGGCCCUAACGAGGACGGCGAGUGCAACUUCGAGUUCGACGAGGACCGCGACUCGGACAGCGACGACGCCGCCGGCAAGGAGAUCGAGAUCGACGACAUCUAA